UAUAUAUCGGUUUCUCUCUUCCUGUUAUUGUAUGCUUCCUGCAGAUACUUGGCACAUCUUUGAGACGAUUCAGCAGUGCACACUAAGGAGAUGCAGCCACAUCUAUAGGGUGUGUCCUUCCUGAGAGGAGAAAAACAUUUUCCUUCUCUCCCUACAUGUUUCAGAGGGUGAAAACCAGAAGAUCCUGGAUCAUGUCUUCCACUCUGUUGUGGUACAGGAGAAGCCAGGCUCCUGGUACCUGCCUGUCAGCCCUUUAUUUUCCCAGGCACUCUCGCUCCUCAGAAAAACCUGCACAGGGAGCCUGACUACGUGGUGGUGUUUUCCACUUAGUAUGAGACAGGACACCACCCUCCAUCAGCAAAGAAGCAGCCAGAGCCAGGUCUUCCCAGGAGAAGGUAGCUCUCUCAGCUCUCACUCUCCUCGGGGUAGGGUCAGGACUGGAAGGAGACCUGGGACAGGAGCAAAGCGUGUCAUAGUGAUGCACAGGUGCAGGCUGUCGGACUUGUUCUCACAGGGACAACUUCCAUGUUUUGUGCGUGCAGAAAUUCCAGGCUGUAGGAAGCCAAAUUCUCUGCUUGAGUGAAUAACUUCAUCCAUCAGCAGAAAGGAAUUUGGUAAUUUCUUUCCCUUAAAAGGCAAAAGGAGAUAAAUGGCAAGACAGCAAUCUUAGAAUUGCCGGGCAGCUUAUGAAAUUGCCACCUCAACCUUGGGAGACAGAGGAAGGCCUUUCCACAUUAUUGUUUGGCUGAGACUUGAAAAUGCAAUUUGCUGGCUUCUCUGUUGCUUCUUUUUAUACAUCGUUCUUCAUGUUUUAUGCAAUAAUCAAAGGGAAAAAGGUUUUACACAAUCAACUUCAAAGAAGUACAGUGUCUGAAGGCUGAGUAAUGCUACUAAACUAUGCAGUAGUCCUCAAAGAAAAAGAAGGUGUUGCCUACACAGCCAUAUGACCGGAGUGUUCAGCCUUUAGAAGAUAAAUUAAGGGCAUGUAUGUUGGUAUAGAGCAGACCAGGGUAGGUCAGGGGACUAUCCCUAGAAGGGAGAUUUGUCCAGAGGUGGAUGUUGGGGCCAGGGGGUGGUUUGCACUUUGCUCUGAAGUGCUAAGUGUGGUCUGAAACCUGCUUCUGGAAGCAUGUGGGUGCUUGAGGUGCCUGGGAGAGGCUCCCUAUUUCCAGCAUGGUGGGUUUGGACCAUGCAAAGGUUGUGAGAUGAAUUCCAUGGCUGUGCUGUCGCAGGCCGUGGCCAUGCCACGGUGAGCAUGCUCAGUGCAGCCAAUGCCAAGUUCUGCCUGGACUUUUUCAAAGACCUGAUCGAAGUAAAAAGAAAUGAGAAUAUCUUCUUCUCCCCACUGAACAUCUCAGCUGCCCUGAGCACAGUCCAGCUGGGUGCUGGAGGCAACACAGCAAAAGAGAUGGAGAAGGAAAAUUUAAGUGCUGUUCCCUCCUGGCUCUAAUACAAAGAUGCUAGCCCUUGUCAAUGAUAUAUACUUCAAGAGGCAAUGGGAUUCAAAAGUUGAGAAGAAAAACACCAGGAAAAUGCCUUUCAGGCUGAACAAGGAGCUUAAACCAAUGCCCUGUGCAGAAGUAUGCUGUGGUUUGAGGAGCAUUCAUGGAAAAACAGCAAGACAUUUCAAACAGGAAAAUAACGCCAGAAAUGUACUACUUCUUAUAAUUACGUUGCUCUGUCCUUGCUGCCUAUGCCUUGCUGAAGCAUCAUAAGGCAUUCAAAAAACUAUGGAACAAAUGGCUACAUUCCUCUUCUCCAUGAAGGACAAAAUUUCCGGUUGAAAAAGAGAACAGGUAGGUAAAACUCCCUGGAAGGCAUUUUCAAGAAAGGAGUCUUCAGAAGCAUGGAACUGCAGCAGCCAAAGGGAAUUGCCCUACCUCUCUUCUGGAAUCAUUGCCUUAUGCCACAAUUGGCCAAAUAGGUACUUCAGUAAUUCAUAUUCUAUAUUUUUGUUUCCCUUCCUACUGUGCCACCUGCAGGAACUUUAAUAAUUAAUUUUUAUUACAAAAACAUCUGUAUUUAAAUUUGGUGGCAUAAUUUUUAAUAGCAACAUGCAUCAACAUCUUUAGAAUUUAUUUUUACAGGUAAAACAUCUGAAAAUUCCUUUGUUUCUAUUAGUUUUCUUUGAAUAAAUAGGUAUUUUAUUUUAUUUUUAAUUUAUGUAACAGUAUGCAUUUAAAAUUGUGACUUCUCUGUGAAUUCCUGGAGAUAAGAAAAAGUUCAAGAUCCCACUAAAGGUCCCCUAAUUAUCCUAACUGCUUGCAACAGACAGGAAUGUGAUUCAUCAUGAAUGAAAAUUAUGCUGCCACUGGGAGUGGCAAUGGCUUUAUAUUCCAUUGCUCUAGCAGCCCUGACAUCAAGCCUUACAGUCAAAUUGACACCAUCACUCCUGAGGAGAAGGUAACUAUCUCCCUGAUCUUUAAUUCUAACCUUCACAUUACAGAUGAUAUGUUGAGGACGUGUCUAAAGAUUAAUAUAUACAUUAGCGAUGUACACAUCUGCCUAGCAUAAAUAUACUGUAUGUAUCACCUUGAAGAAGUAAGAAUAUUUUCAAGAUGCUAUGCAGUGCUUUGGAUUGUAUUAAAAUUUAUGAGUUGUGUGAUAAAGCUGUGCUUAACUUGUACCAGGUGUGUUUCUAAAGAAGAUUAAAACCAAACCACUUCUCACUUUUUCUGCAUGACCCAGGUACUGACAACAUCACGAUGGGCUCACUUUGUGCAGCCAAUGCCAAAUUCUGUCUUGACUUUUUCAAAGAGCUGAGCAAAAUGAAAAAAAAUGAAAACAUCUUUUUCUCACCACUGAGUCUCUCAGCUGCCUUUGGAAUGGUUCUCCUCGGUGCCAGGGGCAACACACUCAAACAGAUAGAGAAGGUAUUUCAUUUUGGUGAAGUUUUGACUGAUGCAACGCAAAGAACCAGAUAUCCUUCUGAGAAGUGUGAAGAAGCUGGAGGAGUCCAUUCCCAGUUCCAGGCACUGUUAGCUGCAGUCGGUGAACCCAGCCCAGGCUGCUUUCUCACCACUGCCAACAGGCUCUUUGGAGAAAUCACUUACCCGUUCUUCCAGCAAUACUUGGAUUCCACAAAGAAGUUCUAUAGAGCAGAAUUGGAAGCAGUUGAUUUUAAAUAUACUAAGGAAGAAGCCAGAGAGAAAAUCAACUUCUGGGUGGAAAAUGAGACAAAAGGUAAAAUCAAAGACCUAUUUGCUGCUGGGUCUAUUGAUCCCUCCACUGUACUUGUGCUGGUCAAUGCCAUAUAUUUUAAAGGAAAGUGGGCAGUAGAAUUUAAGAAAGAAGAUACCAAGGAAACAUAUUUCAGACUGAACAAGAAUGAGAGAAAGACAGUGCAGAUGAUGUUUCGGGAAGGUUAUUUUAAGCUGGCCAUCAUAGAGGAACCAAAAAUUAAAGUGAUAGAGCUCCCUUACUUUAAUAAUGAACUGAGCAUGCUUAUUCUUCUUCCUGAAGUUGUGUAUGAAGACUUUACUGGCCUAGAACAGCUUGAAAACACCCUCACAUAUGAAAAAAUAGCAGAAUGGACCAGCUUGGAUAAGAUGCAACAGCUGACAGUGAAGGUAUACCUGCCCCAGUUCAAGAUGGACGAAAGUUAUGUUCUCAACAAAACACUCCAGGAGAUGGGAGUGAUGAACGUUUUUGACUGGGGAAAAGCGGAUUUAUCAGGAAUCUCUAGGAAAGAUGGUCUGGUUAUGUCCAAGGCCAUUCAUAAGUCAUCUGUGGAAGUGAAUGAAGACGGCACUGAAGCGGUUGCUGCCACACAGGUUGUUGCAAUGCCUUUGAGUCGCUCAAUUUCUUAUGAGUUCAAAGCUGACCACCCAUUUCUUUUCUUCAUCAGACACAACCCAACCAACACCAUUCUCUUCUUUGGCAGAUAUUCCUCCCCUUAAGUGAAAGUUAUUUUGGAAAUUAGAUCUUUCUCCCCACUGACAUUCCCAUUGGCAAUUACAGAGGACAAAAGAGAGCACAUUCUCACAGAUUUCGUGAGGGAAAAACUGGAGAUCAAAACCUAAAAAGUUUUAACUGUUAAAUUCUUAGUAUCAGCUCCUGGUAUGAUUUACUUUUAGGAGGGACUUAAUAAAUCUGAAGGACAAGCUAAAAUAGCCUCUACCUUAAAAAGCAAUAGACAUAUCUUUUCUAUUGUUGAGCUUUCCCCUUUCCUAAUGUAGUACUCCUACAAUAAAGCCAUGAUUUUAGUGCCCUAAAGACAGGUGAUAGAUUCUCAAGCAUGAAGCAGACAAGAGGAUAGGGAUCUGCAUUAGAAGGAUAUUUGUAUGUAAUUAGGUACUCAAUCUCUUUUGGAUUUACCUACAUGAGCUUUGCGUAGAUCUCCAGAAAAAUGCCAUUUUGUAUGGGAGUAGCGAAGUAGCACAAGUUUCGUGUUCUGUUUUAUCCCUCAUCAGAAUAAAAUAAAAAUAAAACUUAUAUGUUGAUGGUAUUUAGGUGGAUAGCCUGUAUUUGUUCUAUUUUUAAUAAUAAAACCACUGCAAAGUAAUUAUGAAAUGUAGUAGUCUGCAGAACUAAGUGGACAGCCAAAUAUUCUGUUAAAGCAAGUAAAAAUAAUGGCAAUAAUUUCUAAAGUGUCUAAGUAACACUGUAGUCUACCUCCCAUUUUUAAAUAUUCAUUGUUCUGAGUAUGGGCACAGGACAACUCGACAUUAGGAAAGGUAAAACCUGAGCCUCACCUCCUAUUUCUCUCUUGCAUUUGAUUUUAUGAAGGAAUUAAGAGUGCAGUUUUAGGACAUGGAUGAGCCAGUCUAAGGCAGUUAAGGGGAUGAUGAUGCUCCCACUGUCUCCUUUCUUCCAUGUGUUUCUGCUCCUUCCCUUAUGCUGUCAUUAUUACUGGGUGAUGAGCAAUUCACUGGGACCUAAAUCAAAGGGAAAAUUUUUGCUAAAGUAAGCCUGCUGAUGACGUAGUCCCUUAAACCGCCUCUCAGAUGUUGUGGUGGUGGGAAGGCAUAGCUGAGGGAUUGUGGAGAAAAAAGCAGCCCAUCCAAUUCGGUGUCACAUAAUAUCCAGAAUCCACAGACCCAUAAAAAAUACCUUUUUUUUUUUUUUUUAAGGAAAAAUUUUUCAACCCUUUGAUGACUCACCCUGCUUUUCCUCUUACUCUUUUUUUGGGAAGAAGGUAACUACUGGGAACAUACUAAUGUUAUUUCAGAACUGCAGAUUGAAAAGCUUUCCCAAAUGCUGAGAUAUGCAUGAAAAACUGUAAAUUACAGAACCAUGCAUUUAAAAAAUUGCUAAAUAAAUCAGGCUCAUGAGGUGUCUUGCAAUUUCAAUAUGAAAUACCGUCUGAUACAGUAAAGUUACUGGCAGAGGCAGAAUUUUCAUAUUAAUUAGCUGGUAAAAGAUGAGAAUGCCAAAUACAAGCUGUGGAUUCUUCUGAUGAAGAGAGUAUGUGAAAAAUAGCCAUGUGUGUUUUUCAGCAACUACCAUAGGUAUUUAAUAUAUAUCUGGUUUGACUCAAACAUGUAUUACUUAUGCUAAAAAAAAAGAAAGGUGAAAAAGUGCUAGCCUAUAUAUACUAGUUUGUAUAACCAGAUCUGU